AUGGCUGAUUUUAAUAACCCUUUGAGAAAGUUUAAGCUAGUAUUUUUAGGCGAACAAAGUGUUGGGAAAACAUCUCUCAUAACUCGAUUUAUGUACGAGACUUUUGAUAAUCUUUAUCAGGCGACUAUCGGCAUCGACUUUCUGUCAAAAACUAUGUACCUUGAAGACCGAACUAUACGUUUGCAACUUUGGGACACUGCUGGUCAGGAACGGUUUCGAAGCCUGAUACCAAGCUAUAUACGUGACUCAUCAGUUGCCGUUGUUGUGUAUGAUAUAUGCAACACUGAGUCCUUUCAGUUAACGUCGAAAUGGAUCGAUGAUGUCAGAAACGAACGUGGUAGUGACGUUAUUAUAAUGUUGGUUGGAAAUAAAACAGACCUCUCAGAUAAAAGAAAAGUGACUACAGAGGAAGGUGAGCGGUUGGCUAAUCAGCUGAAUGUUAUGUUUAUUGAGACAAGCGCAAAAGCUGGAUAUAACGUCAAAGUUCUCUUUCGACGGAUCGCAACAGAAUUACUGAAUCGAGAGAAUCCAGCCCCUCGGCAUGAUGACUAUAUCGAACUAAAACCAAUUGAGCCUCCUCAAGAAAAUCAGUGGAAAACUUGUGGCUGUUGA